AUGGAAACUGUCAUGCAACAUAAGAGCAAGACCAGAGAGGAGGAGACAAUGAAGCAAGACCUGGAAGCCAGCACCUCUGAAGAGGAAACGCUUAUAGAUCAUUACAAAAUACUCAGGACCCUUGGCAAAAGGGGCUAUGCUGAGGUCAAGCUGGCCUGCCACCUCCAAAGAGAGAUGCAGGUUGUUGUUGAGAUCCUGAAAAAAGGCAUCAAUGAGCCUAACAAUGAGAAUGAAAUUGACAUCAUUAAGGUGCUAGAGCACCCAAACAUCAUUAAGCUGUUCCACAUCAUCAAUACCAGAGAACACACCUAUAUGGUGAUGGAACAUGCUGCCUGCGGAGACCUGGUGAGCCAUAUUGAGAAGGUGGGAUGUCUGCAGGAGAAGCAGGCCCAGCACAUCUUCACACAGGUGGUGUGUGCAGUUCACUAUUGCCAUAACAAUGGCAUUGCUCACAGGGACAUCAAACUAGAUAACAUACUGCUGGAUGGCAAAGGGAACAUCAAACUGUGUGACUUUGGCCUGGCCAUCAGAGUCACAGAUGGACAGAUG